GACCGUACUAAAAAUCUAAUGUUGAAGUUUUCUAAGUGUAUUAAAGUAGAUGGCUUUUAAUAUCACUUUCUCCGUAGAAUUAACAUAACCGUAAAAAAUUGUAUGUAUCGAUAACGCAAUCAAAAUAUUGUGCAUCUCUAUCAGUUGAUUUGACUAGAUGGCUUUAAUGUAAACAUAAACAAAAAAUUACACAAAAACACACCUAUAUUUAAAUUAAAAAUGUCGUCUAUGUUAUUUGAUAUAAAGUAUUACUUUGAAACUAAAGGAAAGAGAAAAUUUACCGAUGAUUGGAGAAGCUGGUGUCGAAUCUGUGCCAAACCUGAUGCACAACAGUAUGUAGAUGUGUUGUCAGGAGAAUGUUUGCCAAGCAUGCCCUCGGUGAAUUGCAGCUCGAUAAGCCUCGUUUCAGAAAUAGAGCAACUAUUCCGAAUCUAUAUUAAAGAGUAUGAUAACCUCUCCUCGUGGAUAUGUAUAAAUUGUUUCCAAGUAGUAAAAUACUUCCAAGAAAUCAAGGAGGAUACCAAAAAAGUUCAACAAUUAUAUUAUGAUCUAUUAAACAGCGUUGAUCCUGCCAACAUAAAAAAUGAAUUAUCAGUGAUACAAAAACGUUCGAAACAAACAGUUGAAGAAUUUUCAAUUGCCAACGUUGCCGCCUUAAGUGAAUUUGGUCCAUCAACUAUUCCUUCAGAAAAAGAAGUAACUAACAACAGCUUCGAAAAGGUAGAGCUGGCCGGAAGGAAAAACGAUCAUUUCAAAACCGAUAGUAGCUUUUCUCUUCCCGAAAUUUACAACACUAGCGGAAACGAAUAUUAUGAUGCACAUCCAUCAAUUCUUGAUGAUACAGUAAAAUGUGAUUAUUCAGAUUCUGAUGAUUCCACGGACAUCAAUAAUGAAAAUAAAUAUACCUGCGAUAUCUGCCAACAGAGCUAUCAACGCAAAUGUAACUAUACUUCUCAUAUGAUAAAAAAACAUAACUACGUAAGAAGUCCAGAGCAUUAUGCGGAAGAAGAAAAAGAGUUAAUCUAUCCGUGUCCUCAGUGCGACCAAAAAUUCAGAGCGAAAGGGAGAGUGGCGCAACAUCUUCUAUUGGUACAUAAAGAUGAGAAACCAUUUAUAUGUGAAGUAUGUGGGGCUAAAGAAUGCACGAAUCAAUUACUUCAAGAACAUAUGACCAUACACAAAGAUUAUAUGCCUUUUGAAUGUGAAGUCUGCGGAAAAUGUUUUAAAAAGAAAAAGUAUUUAAAGUCCCACAUGUACAUACAUGGCGAUAAACUUAUGUGUCCAAAAUGCGGAGAACAACUAAGUUGCCCUACAACUUACCGGAAUCAUAUGCUAGUGCAUUCUGAUGAAAGGAGUCACAAAUGCGAAUUUUGUGGACUUCAAUUCAAACGUGCGAAUACAUUGAAAGCUCAUUUAAUACGGCAUACGGGGAUGAGACCAUAUACUUGUGACUUUUGUGAUAAAACCUAUUCUGCAAAGUCAAAUUGUACAAUGCACAUGAAGAAAAUACAUCCACAUGAAUUAGCCGGACUGGAGGCCUCGGGUGGAAAAAAAUUUACUUACGUCCCAAAAGUGGAUGAGUUAAAAUCUCUGAUACAUCGCAACAAAGAGCCUGUUAAUUUGAGGAGAGGUAGAAAAGUAAAAUUAACAACUGAACUUCCCACACAAGCAAAACAAUCUGGAGAAUAAACGAUGUGUUUCCUUAAACUCUUCUCAAAAAUUAAUUUGUUGACAAAGUUUUUUCAUGUAUAAAACAAACAUCUAUUAUAUGUUCUAUACCUCGAAUUACGUUGAAUUAAAUUAAAAAUCUUAAUAAAGUUAAUUG